GCACAUUUGAACGGCAACGUUACAUCUAUCUCCACAAUGGCGGAAGAAGAUGUUUUGGUCGAGGGAUCGGCCUUUAUGGAUCCCUUUAAAGGGCUUUUGCUGACAUAUUUUAUGCCAGAAUCAUGUUACGACGAGUUCUUUCUAAAUUUCAACUUCCUGGAUGUACCAUGUCUGAAGGUUGUCCUGAGCAAAGGUCUGGGGAUCGGCAUCAUCCUGGGAUCAGUGAUGGUGAAGCUGCCUCAGAUCUUCAAGCUGAUGGGAGCGAAGAGCGCUGAGGGCCUGAGCUUCAACACCGUGCUGCUGGAGAUGCUGGCCAUCACGGCAACAAUGGUCUACAGUAUCUCCAACAAGUUCCCCUUCAGUGCCUGGGGCGAGGUUCUGUUCCUCAUGCUGCAGACCGUCACCAUCGGCUUCCUCAUUCAGCACUAUGGAGGAAGAACCAGCCGAGGUCUCCUGUUCCUGGUUGUGUACUUUGGCCUGCUGGCCCUCCUGCUGUCUCCUGUCACUCCCAUGUCAGUGGUGACCUCCUUACAGGCCUCUACCAUGCCAGCCAUCAUCGUCGGCAGGCUGAUCCAGGCGGCCUCUAACUACCGUAAUGGGCACACUGGUCAGCUGUCUGCUGUCUCCGUCUUCCUGCUGUUUGCUGGAUCCCUCGCUCGUAUCUUCACCUCCCUACAGGAAACUGGAGACUCUCUGAUGGCCCUCACCUUCGUCAUAGCGUCGACCUGCAACGGCGUCAUCGCCCUGCAGGUCCUCUACUACUGGAACAGUCCCCCGCAGCACAAGAAGAAGCGCGAGUAGGUAGAGGGCAGUUGCUGAACUUCAAUCGCAGGAGCAACACUUUUCUUUCCACAGCCAAUGUUUAGAUGUUCUCAGAGAGGAGUCUUCAACUUGAACUAGUUGUACCUGCUGGACAAACACUUGACUUUAGGGCCAGCUGUGAACGGAACAUGGCCAGCAUAUCUUCCACGUGGGCCCACUGGCUGUAUGAUUGACAGAAUACACUGAGAUUACAUUCCUCUUGGUCCUCACUACUGUCGGGCUCCAUUCACACCGCUGUGUUAAGAUGUUUGGGAACAUUCACUGUACUUGAGCUUGGAUGUCUGUAAAGAAUAAUUUGUUGUUUCGUCAUUUCCUAUAAACAGAAUUCCACACGA